AUGAAGCCGAGUACUCGGCUCAGCUCGGCUGUUUUUCAGCUCACUCCAACUCGAACCCGGUGUGAUUUGAUUAUCAUAUCAAAUGAUAAGAAAGAGAAAAUUGCUUCAGGAUUGCUAAAUCCUUUUCUUGCCCACCUGAAAACUGCUCAAGAUCAGAAUGCUAAGGGUGGAUAUACGAUUUUGCUCGAACCAGGACCCAACAAUGAUGUAGCAUGGUUUACAAAGACCACUCUGGAAAGGUUUGUUCGUUUUGUGAGCACUCCGGAGAUCUUGGAACGAGUGUACACCAUAGAAACGCAGAUCAUACAGAUUGAGGAGGCAAUUGCCAUACAGAGCAGUAAUGACAUUGAGCACAGCACUGUGGAAUACCAUCAAGGAAAACCUUUGGGAAGCUUUGAAGGCAACGAAUCUACAGCUGUUUCAAAUGAGGAAAAAGCAAUUAUCCUGUACAAGCCUGGUUCACAAACAUCUGAAGCAAAAGGGUCGUCGUCACAGGAAGAAAAUUCGAAAGUCCAACUUUUGAAAGUCCUUGAGACCCGUAAAACAGUGUUACAAAAAGAACAAGGCAUGGCUUUUGCACGAGCUGUAGCAGCAGGGUUUGAUAUCGAUCACAUGGCUGCACUUCUAUCAUUUGCUGAGUGCUUUGGAGCCUCACGUUUAAUGGAAGCUUGCUCAAGGUUCAUUGAGCUGUGGAAGAGAAAGCAUGAAAAUGGGCAAUGGCUUGACAUUGAAGCUGCGGAGGCAAUGUCUACUCGAUCAGACUUCUCAGCAAUGAAUUCAUCUAGUGCCAUUCUUUCUUCUGCGCCCAACAAAAAUAAUGACUUUAACCAUGAUGUGGUCUUGGAGAAUAAUGGAAAAUCUGCCUCAGACAUCAACACUGAUGAAAGGUCUCCAGCAGAUAAUGGUCAAGAAAACCAUGUUCAAGGACAGUAUCCUCAUCUAAUGUUUCCUCCAUGGGCUGUGCAUGCUCCACCUGGUGCUCCACUGUUUCUUCAAGCAUACCCUGUUCAAGGAAUGCCAUACUAUCAGACUUAUAUCGGAAAUGGCCCUUUUUAUCAGCCACCUCCCUCACCAAUGGAGCAUUCCCCACCUGCUGGUCAUCCAACAGGGCAAAAGAGGCAGCCCAUUGAUGGUAGAGAUAGCAAUACGAAGUCAGAGACGUGGGAGAGUGACAGGAUAAGAUCACAGGAUGAUAAGGAAAUUUCACACAGUUUGGAAGCACAGAAAAAGGCUGGAAGAUCUGUUAAAAAACAAUCAGGCAUGGUUGUCAUUCGGAACAUCAAUUACAUCACUUCUGAAGUGACAAAAUCAAAUAGUGAAUCCAGUGCAGAUUCAGAUACUGAUUUAGAAAAUGAAGAGUUUGAAGCUGAUGGUCUUGAUGUAAUACAUAAGAGGAGUUCGAGACAUUCGACCAGAAAAGGAAGCCAUUUGAAAUCAAAGGAUGAACCAAAUUUAAAUGACCACGUCUUUGAUUCCAGAAAAGAAAAUGACGAUGGACAAUGGCAAGCAUUUCAAAAAUGUUUACUCAGAGGAACUAAUGAAGGUACUCAUACUUCUAAUGAGGGCCUGUUUGCAAUGGAAAAAGAUAUUAAAAUAAGUAGACAAGCAAAUAAUUUCUGCCACGACCCACUGGCUCUUGCUGGACGAGAAACAGGUGACAUACAAGAUACUAGGAUGAAUGGAAUUCACAAAAUUGGUGGGAAGUAUGUCAAGCAGGCCCAUGGGAUCCAGUGA